AUGUCAGACUCUGGCACGAGCUCGGCGACAAAGGCUAAACGGAGCGGAAAGCCUGUGCGCAGUCAGACGCGCAAAGACAAGAUCAAUGUCGUGUCCAAAGCAUCUCUAGCGAUGCUCAAUCCGGCGCAUGCGAUGGGCAUAGAGGCCGUCUCGGACUUGGAAGACUACGAGGCUGAAAGCCACAGCCACGAGUAUGAUUCUCUGCGGGAAUGGGGCAUCGGUGGACCUGCCUCGGCCGGAGAGCGCACGCGGCAGGCAUACAAGAGCUUCGCGGGCCCAGCAGCUUGGAACGCGAAGACUUGUGAUGAGGAUGCAGAAUCUCCUGCGCGUAUCGUCGACAAGACGUGGACUCAAAGCCCAACGCCCGAACUCGAAGCUUUCACCAUGGAGGAGAUUUUUGCAGGUAGAUCCGACAGCGCCGACACGAACAUCCCUGUGCCUGUUAUGCCAAAGGAAAAUCUCGCUCAUUCCUUGGAUCUCAUCACUUCUGAUGAGGAUUCGUCAAGGGACGUUACACCAAGGCCCAGCCUCUCGGGACGUCGCCCGAGCGAAAGCGGCAAGUCGAGCUACUCGAACAAAAUUCAGAAUGGCUCCUCUCUCUCACGAUUCUUUUCCUGGAAGCGAUCGGGCAAGGGCGGGUCGGGUAAAGGUGCGCCUCCUCCGUUGCCUGCUUUCGACACUUCGGCAAUUGGCCCUUCGGUGCCGCAAAGCGCGCCCCCAACAGUGACCAGCUUUGCGGACUCUAUCGGUGUCUCCCGGACCAGACCCGCAGUUCAGACGUUGUACAAGGCCCCACUCGACCCCUCGAGCGCGGACCUUACAACUACCCGCACUGUUCCUGCUCGAUUUGUUCCAGUGCGUGCCAUGACCGGUCCCUCGACCAUGGGCGACUCAGCGCUUUCACAAGAGACAGCUCAGGAGAUCUCAUUGCCAGCUGGGCGAGGAGCAGGCGGUAGGCAACCAGGCUUCAUCAAUUCCUCUACCAAUCGCAGCUGGCUUGGCCGCAAGUACAGCAUGCCCACGCUGCGUGAAGUCCGACGCGCGCAAGCUCAACCCCAAGAGUCCCCUGCCGAACACUACCAUGCAGGCGCAGAGUGGAGCCAUCCUAGCAGCGUGGCUACUUUCGGCAAUUAUGAGACAGCAUCAAAUGCUCCAGUGCUUCCCGCGAUACACGGCGAUUUCGACGUUCUCCCAGGAUCCGAGAGCGGUGGUACAUUGUCAACCUCCAAUUCGACAUCCACUGGAAUGACUGCAUCGACGAGCACAACCUCUUGGGGCUCCGGAGCACGUUGCCGCAUUUCUAGCGUUGGCCGUGGUAGCGCACGACGAGCCGGUGUUGACAGCGUCUAUGGAGGUGCGAUGAGUCCCAAAUCCCUGAAAUCGCCAAUCCUCAAGAGUCCACGUAUUGGUGGGAGUGGCAGCGCUUUUGUGCUUGACGAAGAGCACAAUCAAGCUUGGUUUGGCAUGGACGCACCUUUGGCCACGGCAAACUCGGCCGGCAACUUGGAUGCAAACAAUCAGAACAAGACUUUGCGUCGUCGGAGUCGCAGCGUUGGGGCUCUCAUGUCUAGCGCUCCACCCCGCCUUAGUCAAUUUGGUCUGCCCCCAGUCUUCACUCCUCUAACAGACGAAGUGGCGGCUUUCUCUCCACUCUUUGCCUGGGAUCGUGACGGCGACACAAGCAAUCCCGCCAGCGCUGAAGGCACGCCAGCGCAGCCUGACAUUGAGAUUAUCGACGGUCAGGCUGUCGAAGUGCAAACGCGUUCGGCGCGUCGAGUCAACCUCAAUCGAGGGCGCAAUGGUGCUAGAGCCGUCGCAGUAGCGAGCCCCACCUUGACGACUCGUAGUCCGCGCCUUGGUCAAGGGCCAUCGUCUGUCUCGCUACUAUCGAGUUCGUCCAACUCGCCAUCUCUGCCGAUCACGCACUCGCCACUGCGCAAUGGCUACACUGAUGAUGCAGCCACCCAGCAAACUCAACGCGGAGCCGCUCUUCCAGUGGUCGUCAACGUCAUGCCCCCCACGCCGGAUCUCGCUUCGCAGGCGCAAGAAGCAUUCGAGGGAAAGCCUCCAAGCCCUGAAGUAACGGCCGGUGGCCUCGUGGAGGAAAUGGACGAAGCCGACGUCUACGACGGAGCAGUGGUGCUCCCACACACCGAUGAAGUCGCGAGACCCUCUCCUCGUAGUGUUCUCGCCUCUAAGCAUCGCGACACCGUCAUUAUCAACCAGAACACUUGGGCCGCAGCCAACUUCGAGGAUUACUGUCCACCUUCCAGUGAUGAACAUUACCACACAUCCCCCAAGACAGUGCUUCGUCGCGCUGCGCUGCCGAGUCUUCCGUCCACGUCUGACCUCAGCGAGUUCAGCGAGGAUGCUGCCUCGAGCAUUGAGGACGAGGGACCUUUCGCGCUGGCUCGCAGCCUCUCUACCUUUUCGUUAACCAGCGCUGGCUUUGGACAGCAUGGUGAGGUAUACAGUCCCAUGUCGAGCCCUGCACGAAGCAUCACACGUGAUGUCUCUCUAACAGCAAGUCCCGCGAGCGUCGCUUCUUCCGCCGCGCUUUCGAGCCUUCCGUCGCUCGUCAGCAACGGCAUGACGUCUAGCUCUAGCCAAGUCAGCGCCUUCACUGCCAGCAGCAGCAUUUUAGACCUCGGAGUCUCCUCGGAAGGAUACUUUGCGACCCGCACUCAUGGCAAAUCUGGCGCUGCAGUCAGCAAUCCAAGUGUCGCCGCAAUUCGAGCAGACAGAGGUGCAGCAAACGAUGAGGAUGACUGUGAGACUCCUCGCCUCUCUGGAGGGCCUCAGCAGACCCGUUUCGCCUCGCCAGGCGUCUUGCGACCCUCGCCUCCCCUUCAUACUCGCUUGGAGUCACCACUUCUUGAGCUGGAUCUCAGUUUGCCUCUCAACCUCGACUCAGAGAACAUCAACCGCGAAUUUCACGCCGCUGCUAGUCGUCAAAGCCCACCUCGAGGUGCCCACCUCUUGCAUAGCGGAGCUCCCUCCCCCCACGAGCCUGUCAAAGUCUCGCCGAGCAAGCCUCCCAAGUCGCGCAAGCGAGGUUUGGCCAUCACGACGAACGCUGCCGGCAUGCCGCGUCACCAAACGCGCAGUCAUUCGCCCAUCACUCCACCACACACUCCUGACGGCGACCACUCGAUGAGCAAGGAAGAGCACGCUGCCGCUCUCGGCUUCGGUCUUGGCUUGGAGUUUGGAGCUCCUUCCCCUAAAACCGUGCCUCGUUCUCCAGCGGCGCGAACGCAGGCGCUUCGCAUCGUCAAGCGCGAUGAGAUCCCCGAAGACCGAUUCAAUCCUGGCCAAUACCGCCCUUCCAACCGAGCUCAGCCUGCCCAGCCUGUAAGCAGAGCUGCCCACGAAGCGCUCUGGGGCGAGCUGGGCCUUACUGGGAUCUGA